CGGUUGAACGCAUGCGCGAGAGCGUCAUUUCCAACAUGGCGGCGGUGAAUUCAGUGAGUAGUGAUGAACGAUGGUAUUUCACUAAAGAACAGCUACAAAAUAGCCCCUCAAGACGAAUGGGCAUGGACGCUGAGAGGGAACUAAGCUACAGACAACAAGCUGCAACCCUUAUUCAAGAUAUGGGCCAGAGACUGUCUGUCUCCCAGCUGACAAUAAAUACGUCAAUAGUCUAUAUGCACCGGUUCUACAUGUGCCACCCAUUUCAGAAAUUCCACCGACAUGCUAUGGCACCAUGUUGUCUUUUCUUGUCUGCUAAAGUGGAAGAGCAACCACGCAAACUAGAACAUGUAAUCAGGGUGGCUCAUGCCUGCCUUCAUCGAGAUGGCCCUCCUUUAAAUCCUGAAAGUGAGGAGUACUUGCAACAAGCACAAGAUCUAAUUGAAAAUGAAAGUAUUUUACUGCAGACAUUAGGUAUUGCUAUACAUUGGUUAACAAAAUGGUUCCUUUACAUUUCCAAGCUGUGCUGUUAUAAUAUAAGUUUUUUUACUCAAGGUUUUGAGGUCACUGUUCAUCACCCACAUACAUAUGUGGUGAAAGGAAUACAGCUAGUUAGAGCAAGCAAGGAUCUUGGUCAAGCAUCAUACUUUAUGGCGACAAACAGUCUGCACUUAACUACUCUGUGUCUGCAGUUCAAACCUCCAGUGGUAGCCUGUGCUUGCAUUCACCUUGCAUGCAAAUGGUGUAAUUAUGAGAUUCCUCAGUCAAGUGAUCAUAAGUAUUGGUGGCAGUACAUUAACCCAACAGUGACCAAAAAACUUUUAGAUGAAAUAGCCCAGGAAUUUGUAAACAUCAUGGAGAAAUGCCCAAGUAGGCUAAAGAAGAAGAUCAAUUCCAUUGCAGUUUAUAAGGGAGGGAAUAUACCAAAAUCAUUGCGUCAUGAGCCAACAGUCAGCAACCCAGGAGGAGUGGCGAAUCUCAACUCAGAUGGAGAGCAUAAUGGAAUGAAUUUGAUGAGUGACAUUGCACGCAAAUGUAAAGAUAUUGGACAAAGAGAAAAACCUAGGGAAAGCACAAAGCCUGAGGAGAAACCUUCAGGUGGAAACCACACAUCUCAGGAAAAAGGGAAAAUAAGUUCAUUGACUUCAGAGGGUGCUAGAGUUACAACUUCAACAGCUGUUGUUACCCUUCCUGUUCUUCCCCCCUUAAUAACCAAAUAUGCUGCAGUUAGUACAGCAGGUCAUUCAUUAACAACUGGAGAUUCCAAGGUAUUCACCUCUAGGAGUCACGCUAGCUCAACUGUAGCACAAUCAUCAUCGACAGUAAUGACAGCCUCAUCAUUAUCAGGGAUAGGCUCAAAGCACAAACAACAUCGACCUCAUGAGGAAGGCUCCUCAAAGAAACAUAAGUCUCAUCAUUCCUCUAGGCAGCAUGGGCACAGCAAGAGUGGGCGUACAAGCUCCUAUUCCUCUGAUUCUUCGCCAGGAAGUGGCAGAGAGAAAUCAAGCCACUCUCGCUCAGUGCACAAGAGCCACUCCUCUAAGCACUCUCAUCCAUCAUCACACUCUACGAAUAGGAGUCAUCAUCAUCAUCACCAUCAUUCUUCUUCUCACCAUAAGUCCUCUUCAUCAUCAAGCCUCAAGCCACUUAUUCCACCAUCACCAACCUUAGGGCUAAGAGAUAAGCACUUAGCCAGUUCAUCCAGUAAAGGGCAUCCACCGAUACCAUCAGCUAGCCAGAAUGCCACACCCCCACCCCCACCUCCACCUCCAUCAAACACCCCUGGAAUGUUUGCCAGCUCUGGUUUUCAACCUCCUCCUCCUCCACCAACUGAUUUUGCUCCGCCACCCCCUCCACCAGAACCAACAUCAGAACUGCCUCCCCCACCACCACCACCCUUCUAAGGCUGAUCGGCUAGUAAAAGCCACCAUUGGAUAUUUGGUUAAGAAUUUUAUAACAUUGCAGCAGAACAUUGGCCUAAUUUUGUACGAGUAUAUUUAACUUGCUAGGCAAGUGGCUGCUGUCCUGGUAAGUAGGUAGUAAUAGGCCAGAAAGGUGAUGUGAUGGUAAAUAUGACAAGCGGAGAGAUGCAAAUUGUUUAUGAGUGUUACAAUGUUGAGAUGAAUAUUAUACUAUAAUGGUCAAUGGAACCUUCAGAUAAAACCAUUUCAAUAUAUUUUUAGUACAGUGGAACCUGGAGCUUUAUGCCUUAACAAGGGAGGAAUAUGCAUUGUAAAAUUGAGGUAUCAUUGAUGUUACUUUUCAUGCAUGGUACUGUAAUUUUGACCGUACCGUAAUGUGGUACAGUGGUGCCUAUUUUGGGCUUCCUUGAAACAGUAAAACUGCUUAAAAAGCCUU